ACGCAUCGUUCGUGAUCGUUUUACCGGAGGAACGAUGAAGUUGCGCGACAGUCCGUCGGUGUUUAGAGUCCGUCAGCGAUGGCGGGGUACGCAACGUUAAUGCGGCGGUUCGUCGGUGAAUUUACCGGUCACGGCGGUGUAAAAGGCUUCCUGGUGCAGUUGUUCAGGGUGCAAGAAACCAAGACAGGUGCUUUGAUCGGUACUGACAAAUAUGGCAAUAAAUACUAUGAGGACAACAGAUUCUUCUUCGGCCGUCACCGAUGGGUGAUUUACACCACCGAGAUGAAUGGCAAGAAUACUUUUUGGGAUGUUGAUGGCAGCAUGGUCCCCGCUGAAUGGCACCGCUGGCUGCACUGUAUGACAGAUGAUCCUCCCACCACUCACCCUCCAGAGCCCAAGAAGUUCCUGGCCAAGGUUCAUCAGAUAAAUCUAAGCGGCACACCUGACUGCUAUGUACCCUUUUCAACCACUCGUAAGAAGAUCCAUGAGUGGGUCCCUCCUAAAGUCAGCCAGAAAUAAACAGGUUGGCUGUUUGGAACAUUGUCUAAAUUGUAACUUUAUAAUCAUAAAUAAAACAAAUAUCUUUGUCUCUGUGUGGCCCAAAAUUCAUUGUUCAUGUUGUAAUUUUGGAAACUGAGCAGUAUGUAGAUGAAUAUGGGUUUGAGAAACCAAGCCCUGCAAGAGGAGCUUUUAUGCUCUGCAUGGCUGCAUCUAUGCGGUCAAAAAUACAAUGAUAUUGUAAAAUGCUAUUUCAGUUUAUAAAUUACGUUUAAUGUGUUUAGUUAAAAAAAAACGACUUAAGUAUUGUGCUUGUGUCAGAAAAGCUGGAUUUCCAGCGUUAAAGACAUCUCUUCGCAACUACUGUCUACAUUUGUCUAUGAAAGUGGUAUACAAGGUAUUUGUUUAGUGGGUGGAGAAAUAGUUAUUAGCCAGUUGGCUGAUGACACCACUAUUUUUUUUAAAAGAUGCUUCCCAAAUUCCUAUAGUUAUUGAUAGAAUUUAAUUUUUUUUUAAAGCAUCAGACCUUAAGCUAAACAAAUGUGAACUAAUGUCAAUUAAAGAGUGUGCGGCUCCUACUGUCUACAAUAUCCCAGUCUGAAGUAACAUAUUUAGGCAUUUUGAUUACUAAAAACCAAGAAAGGAGAUGUUCUCUGAACUUUGAUCCGUCUAUUAUUAAGACACAAAGAAGAUUUCAGACAUGGCUGCAGAGAGACUUGUCUUUAAAGGCAGGGUGUUGCUCACCAAAGCGGAAGGUACAGCUAGGCUUACUUUACCUGCAUCUUCUUUAUAAGUAAAUAAUAAAAUUUGUAAAGGUGUGGAUAAAAAUAUUUUUAAUUUUGUCCGGAAGAAAAAAAAACAUUAUGUUAGGAAAUCUGUAAUUAAGAACAAGUAUGAAUAUGGAGGGUUACAUUUUCUUGAUUUUUUUAUCUUUAAACAAUACUUUCAAAGUUAACUGGCUUUGGCUUAAGUAACCCAAACUCAACUUCGAAUUUUAUCCCCAAUUACUUUUUUUCAAAACUUAGAGGACUCCCUUUUCUACUAAUUUGUACUAUAAUAUUGCUAGAAUCCCUUAUAUAUUAUGCAAUUUUCAUAUGCAAGCUUUACUUGCAUAGUCACUUAUUUACAAAAAACUUUUCUCAUCAGUAUUUUAUCUGGAACAAUCAGGACAUUUUGUAUUAAAGCAAAUAUUUAUUCUUAAAUUGUUGGUUUGAGAAACAUAUUUUGACUGCAUCUCAGUUAUUUUAAGGUCUUCUCUUAAAUCAUAAAGUGUUAUGCAAGUUUGGCUUCCCGGUAACUCCAAAUGAGUUUUGUAUUAUAAUGGAUGCAAUUCAUAAAGCAGUUAUGCUUUUAGAGGCUAUGGUGGAGUAUCCAGUGAUUGUCUGUGCCUUUGCACCCCUUAGAAACUUCAGUGGGAAAAAUUUUUUUUCAGCUCUCUCUUUCAAAAAAAAAAAAAUUUGUAACAACCCCAUAUGUGUGUUUUUUUUUAUGGAAAUAUAUGACCUGAUUCCAUGGAAAAUGUUAGGUCUUUGUCUGUAAAAUAUAUAAUAACAAAAUUAUAGAAAUUUCAUUUCAAUGGUUACACAGAUUUUACCCAGCCAAGUCAUUUUGAUAAAAAAUAAGCCAUAUAGGUACAUGCUGCUCUUUCUGUAAUAUACCCAAUAAAACUGCUGACCUUUUUUUUUUUGGAAUUGCCCUCAAACACAAUGCUUUUUGAUUGAACUUUCUUUGGUUAUUCAUUGCAAAAUACUACUAGGAUUCUUGUUAUCUUUUAAGGAUCCUGUUGGGUUUUUUUAUACUUCUGAUAAUAAAAGUAAGAAUUAUUUCAUUAUUAA